ACAACAACAAUGGCGGCUUGAGGAAGUCGUUCGGGACGUGACAGGAAUAGUCAAAUGUGAAGCAAUGAAUUGAAAUAAAUAAAUAAAUCGACAUCCUGCGCUCAAGUCACCGCAGAAUACCGAAAAGCGUGGUGCAUUUGGAAUAGAGAAAACGGUGUAUUUUCCAAGAGAUACAAAUGCCUUCUCCAAAAGCGAAAAACCCUUUACGGAGCGGUGGUAGUCCUGUGCUUGGCAACUCCAACGGCCGUUUCGAGUUCAUGUCGCUGAACCGAACACCGCCACCGCACCUUAUCCAGAGGCAGGGCUCCGACACUACUACUGCCCGGUUAAGAGCCUCGGAGAGCCCCACACGGCGCCGCGGCUCCGGUUCUUCCACCGGUUCAACCAGCGGCCAGGGGAUGCCAGAAGAGGACUGUAUGCGGCUCAACCCGUCUAUCCUAGGAAUAGCGCUUAGCUCUCUUCUUGCCAUAGACCUGUGGCUUUCCAAAUGCCUUGGGGUUUGCGCCUGUGAAGAUUCCUCAUGGGGUAGUAUUCGACCGUUGAUGAAAUUGAUAGAGAUCUCCGGCCAUGGGAUCCCUUGGCUGGUUGGGACAGCCUACUGCAUCUAUAAGAGUGACAGUACUGCAGGACAAGAAGUCAUGUUAAACCUUUUCAUGGCCCUGCUACUGGACCUGGUCCUGGUGGGCAUCGUCAAGGCUUCGGUACGCCGGCGCCGGCCUGUCCACAACCGCAUGGACAUGUUCGCCACUUUCUCCGUGGACCGCUACUCCUUCCCCUCCGGCCACGCCACGCGUGCCGCCAUGUGUGGCCGCUUUCUCCUGGCCCACUUGGUGCUGGCGGCACCGCUGCGGGUGCUUGUCCUGCUGUGGGCCGGCACUGUAGGACUGAGCCGUGUUCUGCUGGGCAGGCACAACGUGACGGACGUGCUGUUUGGCUUCUGGAUGGGCUACUGCCAGUACAACCUGGUGGAAAUGCUGUGGCUCUCACCGCAGGCGCUGCAGGCGCUUCUGGGACAGCUGGAGUAAUGAGGGUUAGAGAGUAGAGGGGUCCAAGGGUAGGACAGCAGGGAGCAUGGUGGUUUUCACCGGCUGAAGCCAGUGUUUUGUUUUUCAAGUUAAUGCAUUCAUCAUUCCAGCCUGUGAAAUAGCAAUAGUUUUAGUUUUGCUUUUUCUAAAUAACAAGAAGAAAUGUAGGUGCAUAUUGACUAGACCUCAAAUCUGAGCCAAGUUAUUGCAUAUGAGAAUACAAUUUGUACAUAGACCAAUAUUGCUCACAUUCCAUGAAGUUCUUCACUUAAAAUAAAGUUUUUUUUUUUUUUAUUCAUUAUAAUUGUUAGCUCCCCCCCCAAAAAAAGAGUUAACAAUAAACUAUACAUCCGGCAUGAGCAUCAUAGGAUUAAAGACAAAAGUAAUUAAUUAAAAGUGGUGGAACUCUGUUUCUAUUUUUGCAGUAUAUAGGGGCACAAUUUGUACCGUAUUAAGUAUGGACUUAUUGUAUAUAAUAUAUAUUUAAAUCAAUCAAAUAAUUCAACUCCUGAACAAGGUCAAGAUUAUAAUUUUGCACCUAUUGAACUUCCUUAAACCAGUCAGAUUCCAUCUCCAGCCUGUAAAAUAGUGCCAGAACACAAUUAGCAUUUCUGUCAACACAUUGCAUGUAGCAUGCUUUUUUGAGUAGCAUCUAAAAAAAUACAAAGCCAUCGUCUUAUAACCUGCCUGGUGUAUUCUUUAGGAGGCAUUAAAGACUGACCAAUUAAUAAAAGAAAAAAUCUGUUGCAUAUGUCCUGUGUACUUUGACAACUGAAAAUUGUCAGUGUCUGAAUAUAGUGAUUCUGUUUAAGAAUAACUUGUUAUAUGGUACGAGAUUGACCAUAUUAAUGCUAUGUUCUGUCAAUAAUCAGAGAACAGUUUUGUAAUCUGACUUGCAUGCAGAGUCUAGACACUGUAGACCGGUCAUUUUAAGGAGUUGUAAGCAAUCUCAGAGUAGGCCUUUGUUUCAAAAGCAAUACAAUACAAUGCUGUUCCAAGAUUUCUUUUUUUAUUGAGAGACGAAGAGAUGAAGGAUCAAUGAAUGUUAAUGUCCCAGAGAUUUUAUAUGUUUGUGAUGUUAAUGAUUAACAUGUGGUGAUAUUCAUGGAUUUUCAAUGUUUCCCCUGAGAUUUUUCCCAUCUACGGUGCAGAACUGUUUGUUCGGUGCGCUAUGUUGAUGUGUUUGACAGUGUGCAAGGUACUGAUAUGUGCGUGCAGUCGUCAACACAGUGCCGAUGUGCAUGUGCACAGUGCUGAUAUCCGUCCAUUAAUGCAAUCAUUCUUUUGCAUUAAUGUUAGCAGAAAUAUUGUUUUCUGUCUGCAAUUUGUCCUCUGACCAUCAGGUUUUCAUUGUUCGGUUGCUUCUGUUCUACACAACCAAAUAUGUAGGCCAGCUUAUAAUAUGGCGCUUGUUGGGUAACUGCAUCCCUUAAUGCUUCCUACAUUUAGUCGUAAGCCAUUCAUGGACUAGUGCCACAUACAUUAUCAUCUGUCUUUCUUUAUGGUCAGUAUUUUUACACAAUAUUUCUCCAAUGACAAUAAUAAAGACAAUGCAACUCUUCAGGGCGGUGCAGUAGUGGGCAACUAUGAUAUUACAGUUUUUCAAUACAACAAAUAGCUUUUGGGACGCCCAACAUAAUUUGUUAUUACUAUAUAUAGGUAUGGUUUUCAUGCCUGAUUGCAGUGGCGCUAGUAUUCCAGAAGCGGCGCUGUGCCACUGCUGGAUGCGUGUAGGUGAAAUACUGUCUUAUUCACCCUUUGGUUUGAUGGGUUUUUAAGUUUUUUUCUGUUGUCCUAUAAUCUGUGCUAUGAUCUUCUGCCAUAAAGGUUCCCUAAAUGCUCUCUUUUGCAAAAUUUGAAGAAGCUGAAAUUACCUCGCUGUUGGCCUUGGUAUGAAAUUGUAUAGGCUAGUGCCUCCUCAACUUGAUGAAUCAGGAUAUUGAAGCAUAGAUAGAUUCCGUAAUAGUGGUGAUAUGGAAAUACUUAAAGUAAGGUGCAAGAAAAUAAAAACCUGCCUAAACAAA